UCGUGCUGUUCACAGUAAUAAAAUGCUCUCCAUGAUUGAUAACAUUCACUGCUUUUGAAUUACUGCUACGACACUCGUGGCACUUUGAAUAUAUGGAAAAGACUUUACAAUGGGACACCAGUUUGCUCGAAGUACAGACGAGGCGAGAAGGGAAAUGUUGAGAGAGCUGGGACAGAGGCUGUACUUGUAGUGGAUUUGUAGUGGUGUGUCACAGGUGGUAAAAGAGACAUACGAGCAGACGUAGAGGGAAAGAGAGCUCUCCAUGAUGAUGCCUACACCGGUAAACUGCGCCUUACCCCUGGCGUCUGUCGUGGCCGUGCUGACCUGUGUGCUGCUGCAGGGGGCCCAGGCAGGAGUGGUGGGAGACUUCAACCAUGUGGAGCGCUGUAAGGACUCUCUCUUCAUGGGCACUCCACCCAGAGGCUACCUCAGCAACUCCUUUACCAAGAUCUGCCAGAGAUACGAGGACAAACCCCGUUAUGUCACCCUGUACGACCCCAACAGACACAUCCCCAUCUAUUCGGCCUACACAUUCAAGAAGUCAGACGGGGAGAAGAAGGUGGACUUCCCGUGGAUGUUUGAACCCCAGUUGGCGUCAGAGAAGAGCAGCAGUAACAUGGAGCCCUUCCCUCAAUCUUCAAACAUGCAUAUGAACUUUGAGGACACCCAGGCAGUCCUGGAGGACUACGCCGACGUGGUUCAGUACGAACGCGGCCAGCUAAACCCCGACGAGCAUCAGGCCGACCCUCUGGACAAAGCCUCCACCUACAGCUUGACCAACGUGGUACCCCAGAUCAGGGAGUUCAACAUGGGUCCCUGGGCGGAACACCAGGACCUCAUCCGCAAACGUCUCAACAACUACUGCCGCGGCAAAGCCUUCGUGGUCACUGGGAUCACCACCUCCGGGCACACGAUCCGUCGCAACAACCUGGACCGGGUGGCCGUGCCGGAGUACGUGUGGUCGGCGUACUGCUGCGUCGAGUUUGACCAAAACGCGCCGUACUUUGUGCGCUACAAGUUCCCCGUGUUUGCGGCGUAUGGGCUGAACGAUCGCGUCAACAACCACAUGGUGGAAGUUCCUCUCAAGAACCUGGAGAAGUUUCUCAAGGGGAGGAUGGAUGUGGAUAAGAACUUCCAGAUUUUCUAUAGUGACUGUGUGCCAGAUAACUGAGAUAAAGUGUUCAGAUCUCUGUUGUAAUUCAAGUUUAAAGUGUUUUAGAAUUUGACUUUAACAUUGUGGAAAGGUUUGGGGUUCUUGCAGCUCAAA